UACUGUCAAUAAUCAUGUUUAAGUUAGUCAUCUGGUAACCAACCAUCAUAACAUACUAAAAUAUAAAGACUUACAGUUGAAGGGAGUUAAAUUGCUUUGUUUUUGUUGUUGUGAAAUCAGUUUAAGAUAUUAAAUUGUCAUUGUGUAUAGAUUUUAUUUGUAAUAAUGAACCGACUAUUUGGUAGAGGAAAACCUAAAGAACCUCCUCCAAACCUGAACGAUGUUAUACAAGGGGUAGACAGUAGAGCUGAUUCAGUAGAUAAGAAAAUUGCAAGACUUGAUGCUGAAUUAAAGAAGUACAAAGAUCAAAUGGCGAAAAUGAGGGAAGGCCCAGCUAAAAAUAAUGUGAAACAAAAGGCACUCAGAGUUCUGAAGCAGAAGAAAAUGUACGAGUCUCAAGUCGACAAUCUAAGACAACAAGCUUUCAACAUGGAGCAAGCUAACUUCGCUACCCAGUCACUUAAAGAUACACAAGCAACAGUCGUAGCAAUGAAGGCUGGUGUUAAAACUAUGCAAAAGGAAUUUAAGAAAAUAAAUAUUGAUCAAAUCGAGGAUUUACAGGAUGAAAUGGCAGACAUGCUAGACAUGCACGAGGAGGUGCAAGAAGCACUGGGCCGCACGUACGGGAUGCCUGAGAUAGAUGAUGAUGAGCUUCAGGCAGAGUUAGAUGCGCUAGGAGAUGAGAUCGCUCUCGAUGAUGACACCAGCUAUCUGGAUGAAGUCAAGGCACCUGCAGCACCCAGCAAGGAACCUGGUGCCGACAGUGUCCGUAACAAGGAUGGUGUGUUGGUGGAUGAAUUUGGCCUUCCUCAAAUUCCUGCAUCAUAAUUCGACAAAGAAAUGUCAUACUACACAAAAUAUGCCUGACUUUAACAUCUGCUGCAAACUUCAAGUCAGUUACCUCUAGACUUCUGGAACACGUCUGUUGAUUGCUUUAGAUUUUUAUUAUGCAAUGUUGUUAUGCUUGAUUAAAGUAUUUUGUUUUUAAAGAUUUCAUUAAAAUAAGUGUAAAAUACUACUACAGAUUAUGGAAAGUGACCCAGGAUUACUCAUGAAACAAGUCAUUACUGUAAACCCUACUUGUCUUUUUGAGUGUUUACUCACAUUCUAAUCUGUCGAAAUGGUCAUAGAGUGUUAUAAGGAGUAACAUUUACAAUAUACAUGUUUUGUUUUUGUGUUAACACAUUUUGGUGUAGUAUGUGUACUGUAAAAAACCGUGAAGAGUCAGAUCCUUAAUACUGUUUUUUCUUUUAAUUGGCUGUGUCAAUAAAGUGUACGUAUUAUGUGGCUCUUACACGGACAGGUAUAAAAGGGAUAGGGAGACUCGCCUAUACAUAGUCCCAUACUUGCCAAGUUCUGGAGUUAUAUCUUGUGAUGUAUCUGACCUUGAAGUGAAAUAAGUGGAAUAAUUAUAAUUUUAAUUGAACAUGUUUUUAAUCAUUAUUAGCAUGAUAAGUUUUAAGUACACAUAUAUGGAGAAAUAAAUAUAUACCAUCACUAAAAGAUAAACAAAAUUGAGCAAAAACAAACUACAUUUAACUUGAGUUUUUAUAAAAUCUACCUUUAUAAGGGAAAAAACUGUAAUAUAUCUUAUUAAAAUUAUUACAAAAUCCUUUAAUUUUCUCAUGAUUUAACUAAAAUCUACAAAACAUAUAGCCAGUGUAUUAUACUGAUAUUUGAAUUUAAAAUGAGUGAAAGAAUCUUAAUUUUAUCGUAUUAACCUCAAAUCACCAAUUUAAUCCCUCAACAGUACACCUAAAAAGCAAUACAAUGAUUAGUGGUAAACUGGCUGCAACGCGCACAACUACAGUGACCCAUCUAUCCACACAUAGACAGUUUUAUCUAUUAACAUAUCCACUUAUGAAUGGUUAAAGUCCUUUUUUGCCAUCAGAAUGUAAAAUAGUCAGAUGAAAGAUUCAUCCAUAGAAUGGGAGGGCAGUGAUAUAGCUAUAAGAAAGGUAAGGCUGUUGUUUCGUCAUAAAAUAGUAAAAUGUGUACAGAAAAAUAAUCAUUUCCUCUUAUUUUGGUUAAGGUAUUUGCAUCUUUGUUGCUACAAAUAUUGAACAUAUAAAGGACAGAAAUGUUUGAGAAAAUCCAAAAAAUGUGCCCAAUGCCUUACAUUUUAUUUAAAGAAUACAAUGUAAAUUUAAAAUAGUGUGCAAUAUCUUAACAAUACAUAAUAUUGUAAUAUCGUUACAAAUAUUUUCAAUCUAUAUUUAAUAGUAAAAAAGUGUUCCCUGUGAGAUCAACCAAAGAAUGUCUGCUAUCUCAGUUUAAAUGAGACAUUGGUCUAUGAACAAAUUAGGAACCACAAAAAGAAUAAUAUAUGACAUCCCUCUUCUUUCAGUUAUUUAAAUAUCUAUAAAGUCUACCUAAAAUGUAAUUUUGGAAAUGGAUGAAUCCAAAGAUAGAAUGAGGUAUCCCAUGUGGCUCUGAUAUUCUUCCCAUCAUGUUCCUUCUGAAAGCAAACUAUUUGUUAUAUUCAAUCAUUCAAAUUUUGUAUGUAAACUAAAUGUAUUCAUUGGAUACCAUUUCUAUAUACUCAUCAGUUCUAGGAAGAAUGUUGAUCAUCUUUACUGCUUAAAGUUUGUGUCUUUGAUGUAUGAAGGUAAGAUGCUGAAAUAUGUUCCUUAUCAGUUCAGUGUACUGGUAGAGUGAAAUAUAACAUCUGGCAGUUUUUAUAUGUUUCAUAGUUUGCCCUGGUCAAAUUUUUUCAAUAGGCAUACACUUAUGGCGUCUAAUAUGUAUAAGGACAUGACAAUGAAGAUUAAAAGGUCAAUCAAAUCAGUUCUAUAGCUUUUCUUGUUUGCAGUCCAGUAUCUAGUUGAAAUUUUUAAGUACAACCAGAGAUCUACGUAUGUGUGUUGCACUUGGUUUUGGUCCCAAAAUAUAAAAUUGAGUUCUCAAAAGAAUGUUAUAGCUGUAAUCAAGAUAAUAGAAUUUGUCUCAUAUAUAUAUUUUCAAUCGGUAGCAAGAUAUGUAAAUAAUUCUUUAUGGCAGUUGCACUAAAAUUCAGGAUAUUUAAGUUCUUCUCUAAAAGGGGUUUUCAAAUGAUAACACAUAAGGUUCCUUAGUUAAUUUCAGCUUUGUUCACUCUUAAUAAUGUGCUGUUAUAAAAUUUAAUAAUUUAGAGGAAAACAAGUACAGCAGUUUCCAUUCCUUAGUAAAAAUAGUCAGAUAUCAUCUAGUCUUAUUAUUAAACUUAAAUGUAAUAAUUGAGAAUUGUAAAUAAACAAUUAGAUCAAUAUUAUUUUAUCAUUCCAACAUUAAAAUGAUUGAAUCAUUGGUUUCUGUAAAACUGUUCUGUUGAGAGAAUCCUUUCAUUAUGUAAACUUUUAAUAAACAAUUAUGAAUGAAUUAGUAAGCAUUGCUUUAUUUUAUUAAUUGUUAAAUUAUAUUAUGUAAAAUAAAAUGUAUAGUAUUUUUAUAUUAUAUUAUUGACAAGGCUAUGUGGUGCUGUUUUGAGUUUGUAAAUGAAAGGUUUAAGAUUUAAGAUAAGAGGGAGUUUUGCUGUGUAAGACUAACUUAACAAGUAAAGACAUCUGUAUUUAUUAUUCAUUACUAAAAACAUAUUUUAAAAACUUACAGAUGUAUGUUGAAAGAUCAUAAAUUAAGGUAAACAAUUUUUAUAUCAAAGGUUAUGUUUAAAUCCUUCUCCUUAUUAUGAACUUAAUUCUUGGAAACAAUUAGUGUGUAUCGUUUAUCAACAUUGUGCCCCUUAUUGUUACAUAUGCUUAUCCUAAAUCCAGUAAUAUUGUAAAUAUUUUUAUUAAUAAAUGAAAUUAUAGAAAAGUAA